UCUUUCUAAAAUAACGCAAUCGAUGGAGGAGAAGGUGGCGAUGGUGUUAGGAGAAGCGAAACCGAAGCUGGAGAAGAAAUGCACUGUUCAUAUAUUUCCUCCCGCGCUUUUGAUCUCGCCUUGCGCGGCAUUAGAAUCUUCAAUUCCGAGCUGAUCAACGGUUAGUUCUUUAUUUUCAAGUGUCCGCCGCUGUGAAUUUGUGAUUGGAACUGAAAAUUUGCUGCAAGGGUUUCUGUUUUUUCUCAAAACCAACAACCGAAUCGAAGAUAAGGAACCCUAGAAAUUUCGAUCACUGUGUAUCAAUAGAAUCUCUUUAUAUAAAUCGGAUUAUGUGAUGAUAUACUUCUUUUUUCACAUAGGAUGUAGGCCGAAAAAAAAAAGUUGUCCAAAUCUGAAAAAUUUCAGAAAUUGCGCCCACGAGUUGGAUUUCGAUGAGAUGGCAUGAGCUGCGUGGUGCGGUUAUCGAACUCCGUUGAAUUAUUUAGGAACUCGAUUGAAGAGGAAACGCGAUUCCGCGUCGAUCUACAUGAAUAUGUGUAGGUGCUGAGCAUGCUGACUGAUAUCCCGCUCACGCAGAUUCUUUCAACUGUUAAACCAUCUUAAUAAGGCCAUUUAUAUGACAAACUAGAGGGUGGUUAAUCGAAUGUGUGUGAGUAAUGAAAUUUAUAAACUAUGGCUUCCGAGAAAACGACUAACACUACGUGCCCUAGGGGUUUGUUUAUUCUUUUGGGGCCUUCUGUUGUUGGUAAACGGAGAUUGCAAAGGCUGUUGCACGUCAUUGGUCAAAGAGUAUACGAUGGGAAUUUUGGAAUAAACUGACUGAGAUUGUGAUAAAAACGUCCUUAUUCAGUUAUUCUACUCGAUAAAAUUGACAAGGCUUGUGACGUGCUCUAAUUCGAUUGAUCUUACGACAAACUGUACAUACAUAAUUUCCUAAAACACCAUAAUGUACAUGUUUUUUUGCCCCCAUUGGUUUACAAAGUUGAUGGUUGGUUGCUUGUAACUAUUAAUUUUUUAAAUGGAAUUUGUAGGCGGGAAAAAUCUUAGGUGCUGAUCUGUUAGAUUCAGUUGAUAAAAUUCUUGUCGUGGAGACCGCAAUCACAGGGCUGCAGUUAAGAGAUAUUUAUGGAGAAAUAUUUUAUCUCGCAAGGCAACAGGACUAAAUGUAAGUCGUCGUUGUACUGGUUUGUGCUUCAUGUGAAAGAUCAAUGUUGUUGUCGAGGGCAAAGAUAUUGUUGCUUUUUCAAGAGAAAUAAGAAGUCUAUUCUAUUUAAUUCCUAGUUAUUUACGAUGAAUCUUCUUCAAAAAAAAAAAUAAAAAAAAAAUAGUAUAAUUAAUUGAAUCCAUCAUAGGUUAGAUUUCGUCGUGAUACCAGUUUAAGGUAGAUGGAAAGAUGUAAAUAAUUGCAUCUUCAGGCAUGAUUCUGAUUGCAGAAAACACCAUCAGUUUCCAUUUUCUCAUCUUUAAGUUUUUUUUUUGGUAAUAUCAUAAAAAAAAAAUAGAGUUGCUACCGAAGAUGUGUUUAAUUUAGAUACGCUUCUUAAGGAUGAGGGUGGAGGCAGUUUGUCGGAUAUUCAACUUACGGAGUGAAUGCUUACGUUUGUUAGAAUGUGGCGGAAGUUUAGUAUCUGAUGCUCGCAAAUGACCUGUCAACGAUGUCCCGAUUUUCUGAAACAUACCCACUACUGAUACCUGUAACUGAAGAGAAAUUCCGGUUUCCAAUUUUUUGAAUUUGCUGACGAUGUGCUUUAUCAGAGCCUGCUCGAAAUUCUUGAUAAGGGCACUUCGGAUGAAAGUGAGAGUUUCGGUGUCAAAUUCAGGAGAAUUAUUAUUAUACUUGCAUCAAAUGUGGACAAUGAAAGUAUAAUUGCUGGUUCUCAAAUUUUUAAGCAUCGACCGGAUAUUGUAGUUAAUAUUCCCAUGAAUCAGAAUCAGAAUGCGAAAAUAUUUAGGACUGAGUUGCUAUACCGAGUUGAAGGGAUAAUGUUUUUCGAUCCUCUCGUAGAGAAUGGAGGUAUUCCUGUUUUGUGUAGGCGUAAUGGUGGUAAGUACUCAAAAAUGGAAUGGCGCUUUUAUGAUUUCGCAUUGCCUCGGUAUUUCUUUUUAAUGUUUGAAAAAUAUAUAUAUUUUAAGAAAAUCUUAAUGAUGAAGUGAUGUGCAGAGAUUAAAUUGGAACAUCUAUCUGAAUUACCAUUAUUAGGACUAAAAAUCCGUGCAGAUUUCGUGAUUUUCGACAUAGAUUGCAAUAAAGAUUUAAGUUAUUAAAUUUCGUGACAUAAUUGCAGGUUUCGAUAAUCCAGAUUUAUAAUCAAGACAAACAAAGUCCGGAUUACAUAUAUAUCUCCAUCGUUGAAUUAUCGCAACCUCGCCCGCAAAGCAGUUAAAGCUUCUACACUCGAAUCCCUUUAAACCACAAUCCCUUGUCCAGCACUAUAAAUACCCCCGAAAGGACCAUUCAGAAAAUGAACCAAAAUGGACCAACAGCAGCAGCCGCCGCCUCCUCCUCCUCCAGCAAUGAACGCGCCGGAGAAUCAACCCCCUCCCCCACCACCACCGCCGCCUCCGCCUCCGCCCCACCAGAAGUGCCCCCGCUGUGAUUCGUCCAACACCAAGUUCUGCUACUACAACAACUACAGCCUCGCCCAGCCCCGCUACUUCUGCAAGGCUUGCCGGAGGUACUGGACUCACGGCGGAACCCUAAGGAACGUCCCCGUCGGCGGCGGCCGCCGCAAAAACAACAAGCGCCCCAGAAAUGCAGGAAAUCGAGGGUAUGCGCCGGUGCGCCAAAAUGUUGCCGCCGGCCAGCCGUCGAGGCCUUUUCCUCAGGUUGUUCCCCCGGCGGGUGGUUCUUUCUUCGCCGGAAUCAAUCAAGGGGCCGCGCCGCCGGCGAAUUACGGCGGUGGAGGCAACCAAUUUGGUGGGAAUAUGACAAUGCUGCAGGGGAUGAAUCUUCCACCGGUGAAACCUCAGCCGGCGACGGUGCAUCAGUUUCAACCGCCGGCCAAUUUUAUGGCUCAGAAUCAGAAUUUGAUUCCGCAGAGGAAUCUGGGUUUUUGGAAUCAAAGCUUACUCAACACAGGCGGCGCCUCCUCCAGCUAUUCAGCCGCGCAGGGCGCUGAUCUGGCGGCGUCUUCCAUUGGUCGAAACCAAAUGUCUGAUAACUAUCAUGGGUUCAAUAUGUAUAAUCCUUCUCAGUGAUUAUUUUUCUUUCCAUGCAUAAAUUACAACAAAAAUAAAAGGCAGAAAAUUCAUGUAGAAUUAUUUGUAAUGUAGAAAUAGUAAUGAUUAAUUAGAUAUCUGCCUCCAAAUAAAAGGAUUCUCCAUUAAAUUGUAAUAAACAUAUGUUUAUUUACAAUUUACAUGUUUGAAUUAUAUAUUUAUAUAUGAACUAUAUGUAAUGACUAGUGAUUGAAUGAAGAAGGAUUGUUAUUUUUUU